CUUACUAAACCUCUGCCUCUCACUCCUCACAAUCACAGUACAUACACUCUCUCUCUAACCAUUCUUUAUUUCUCUCUCUAGCAUAUACCUCAUAUUAUGGGUCUACUUCGCCGGAAAACCACUCGUUGUUUUGUCCAAAUCCGAUUCGGGAAGGAACCAUCUAGAAGAAGCUAAAUUGUAGGGGAACAGACCCAUAUCGACAAAGAACAAGCAGCCAUUGUUGUUUCCUUCUUCGUUUGUCUACUUCUCAAACCAAGAAAUGGGUAUGGGUUUUUUUGGCUCUCUGUUUUGUUGCUUACUUUACUUUUUACUGCUACUGAGUGGUGGCCGACUCACCAACUCGGAGCCGACUCUGGACAAGCAAGCUCUCCUUGCUUUCAUCUCUAAGACCCCUCACGGGAAUCGAAUCCAGUGGAACUCGUCCGACUCAGCCUGUAACUGGGUCGGAAUCUUGUGCGACGCCAACAGGUCCUUCGUAUAUAGUCUUCGUUUACCUGGAGCUGACCUCGUAGGUCCGAUUCCUCCCAAUACACUCGGCCGCUUGAGUCAGCUACGAGUCCUCAGUCUCCGCUCCAAUCGUCUCUCUGGCGAGAUUCCCUCUGAUUUCUCCAAUUUAACGAUGCUUCGAAGCUUGUACCUGCAAGACAACAGAUUUUCCGGCGAGUUUCCGGCGAGCUUGACUCGCUUGGGUCGCUUGGCUCGAGUUGAUCUCUCAACUAACAAUUUCACGGGCUCAAUCCCGUUUGCCAUCAACAAUCUGACCCACUUGAGCGGACUUUUCCUGGAGAACAAUGGGUUCUCGGGGUCCCUCCCAAGCAUUUCGGACGUCAAUUUGGUCGGUUUCAAUGUCUCUAACAACAAGCUCAACGGCUCAAUUCCUCAGAGCCUGUCGAGAUUCGGGGCAGACUCAUUUUCCGGAAACCUUCAACUCUGUGGCGGACCAUUGCCGUCGUGUAAUCCAUUCUUCCCAGCUCCGGCAGAAUCUCCGUCCGAGAACACACCUCCGUUAAACCCAGUUCAUAACAAGUCCAAUAAGAAGCUUUCUACUGGUGCCAUUGUCGGAAUCGCGAUUGGCGCGGCUGUUGCUCUUUUCCUCCUGCUUCUCAUUCUCUUCUUCUGUUUACGAAGACGCCGGCAAAGUCAGCCGCCGAAGACUCCAAAGCCGGUGACAGCGACGCGUGCCGUGGGUAGCGUGGCGGAGCCCGGAACGUCUUCGUCGAAGGACGACAUUACAGGUGAGUCAACGGAGGCCGAGAGGAAUCGGUUGGUAUUCUUUGAUGGUGGGAUUUACAGCUUCGAUUUGGAGGAUUUGUUGAGAGCGUCGGCGGAGGUUUUAGGGAAAGGGAGCGUGGGAACAUCGUACAAGGCGGUGCUGGAGCAGGGUAUCACGGUGGUUGUGAAGAGGUUGAAAGAUGUAGUAGUGAGCAAGAAAGAGUUCGAGCAACAAAUGGAUGUCCUUGGACAUAUCAAACACGAUAAUGUGGUACCACUCAGAGCAUUUUACUUUUCCAAGGAUGAAAAAUUGCUUGUAUAUGAUUUCAUGGCCGCCGGUAGCUUAUCUGCUCUUCUUCACGGAAGUAGAGGUUCGGGUCGGACUCCAUUGGACUGGGAUAGUCGGAUGAGGAUUGCAGUUGGCGCGGCCCGAGGGUUGGCCCAUCUCCACGUCUCGGAGAAGGUCAUCCAUGGUAACAUCAAGUCUUCCAAUAUCCUUCUCCGACAAGACCACGACGCCUGCGUUUCAGACUUUGGGCUCCAAUCCGUAUUCGGAUCCUCAACUCCGCCCAAUCGCGUCGCGGGUUAUCGGGCUCCAGAGGUCUUGGAGACCCGGAAAGUCACAUUCAAGUCCGACGUGUAUAGUUUCGGCGUUUUGCUCCUGGAGCUCUUAACUGGAAAAGCUCCGAACCAGGCCUCGCUAGGCGAAGAGGGCAUUGAUCUUCCUCGAUGGGUCCAAUCGGUUGUCCGGGAGGAAUGGACAGCGGAGGUCUUCGACGUGGAGUUGAUGAGGUACCACAAUAUAGAGGAAGAGAUGGUACAGCUUCUUCAGAUCGCCAUGUCGUGUGUCUCGAUCGUACCCGAUCAGAGACCCGGAAUGCAAGAGGUGGUCCGAAUGAUUGAGGAUAUGAAUCGGGGCGAGACCGAUGACGGGUUACGACAAUCGUCGGAUGAUCCAUCCAAAGGAUCCGACGGCCAAACGCCACCCACUGAAUCUAGGACCCCUCCUAGCUCCAUCACACCUUAGAAUAAUUGUAAAGCUUUUGAAGUAAAAAUAUAAAGAAGAAUGGAAUAGCAAAAAAAGAGGAAAAAAAUGAAGAAAGAAAAACGACAAAGAAAUGUGGUGGGUCUGUCGUCUUAAAAUGUGCACAGCAGUGGCGUACCAUAAAGGAUUAAAGUGUGCAAUUGAUUGGAGGGGCACGGUGUGGUCCAAUAUCUAUUUUCUUUAUUUAGUUUUUUAUUUUUAUUUUUUAAUUUUUGAUUUGGGUUCAAUUUUUUUUCUUUUCCUUUUGUAAUUUUUGGCAAUGAUUUUUAUAGCUGGGAGGGAUUUUAAUUGUUAAUGAAAGGGGAUGUUGGGAAGAUGAAAUUUCAAUGAACUGAUUGGAAUUUGACCAUUUGACGAACUCAAGGUUGGUUUAUCUUUAUUUUAGUUUAAUUCUUUA